CUUUAUAAGCUUGGAUUCGUUAUAUUUCUAUACGACGAUGGUGCAUUUAUAAAUACCAAGCUUGAAAUAGCUAUACUUUACUAUAUUAACGACCUUAUAAUAAUAGGCCCUAAUAUAAAUGAUAUUAAUAAUAUUACAAAUGAGGCGUCACAAUAUAUAAAACUCCAAUCUUUAGAAGAAAUAGAUACCUUUCUAAGUAUAAAUAUAAUAAUUGAUAGGAAAAAGAAAGAAAUACAUAUACACCAAAUACCUUAUAUUAAUUCCAUUUUAGAAAAAUAUAAAAAGAAUAACCUAUAUCUUUCAAAUACACUUAUAGACCUUAAUAAUAAACUAUAUAAAAAUCAAGAUAUAAAAAUCUAUCAACAAGAGAUAGGAUCUCUACUAUAUCUUGCUUUAAAAACUAGAUUAGAUAUAGCAUUUGCAGUAUAA